AUGGAUUUUCCCAGUCUUUACCCUCGAACGGGGCCGCCGCCAUUCCCCAAUCCCACGACUCUCCCAACGACGCCGCUCCAGCAGAAAGGCCUUGCAGCCUUGUUCAUAUUCCCGAGUCUAUCGAUAAUAAUCGUAUCAAUGCGCAUAUACAGUCGCGUGACCGCACGGACUAUAGGUCUCGAUGACUACCUCAUUCUGGGAGCACUCUUCUUCGCUUUGCUUAUGAUUGGACCUCUGUAUAUGUUCAUGAAACUCAAUUACUGGGGAUUCAGAGCCUACGAUGUACCAAAAGACCUCAACCUCGCCGCUGGGUUCUGGUGGAACUUCCUGGUGCAGAUGUUCUACAACCCCGUCCUAGCUCUCGUCAAAGCAUCAAUCCUCUUCUUCCUUCUCCGACUCGGCGGCCACAAAACAAGUAUACGAUAUGCCAUUUACGGA